AUGUUCCAGGCACCCAGGAUUGCAGCAAGGACCAGUCGCCCUCAACUGCAGGAAUGUGCUCCCUCCCCAUGGCAAGAUACUACAUAAUUAAGGAUGCAGAUCAGAAGGCUCUGUACUUAAGAGGUGACCAGCUCCUGGUAGGAGAUCCCAAUGUGGACAACUGCUGUGCAGAGAAGAUCUGCAUACUUCCCAACAGAGGCCUGGACCGCACCAAAGUCCCCAUCUUCCUGGGGAUCCAGGGAGGCAGUCGCUGCCUAGCCUGUGUGGAGACAGGAGAGGGGCCUACUGUGCAGCUGGAGGAUGUGAACAUCGAGGAUCUGUACAAGGGUGGAGAAGAAGCCACGCGCUUCACCUUCUUCCAGAGAAGCUCGGGCUCAGCCUUCAGGCUUGAGGCCGCGGCCUGGCCUGGCUGGUUUCUCUGUGGUCCAGCUGAGUCCCAGCAGCCAAUACGACUUGUCAAGGAGAGUGAGCCAUUGGCCCACAUUGAACUCUACUUUGAACGGAGUCGGUAGGGAGGCAGGAGGCUGAGCUCCAGCCUGGUGCCCCCAAACCAAGCUCAUCCUACUCAGGAUCUGUGGUAGGCAGACUAAUGCCCCUCUAAAGCUGUCCACAUCCGAAUCCUCAGAAUCUGUGAAUACGUUACCUUACAAGACAACAGGGACUUGGCAAAUGUGAUUAAGGUAAGGAUCUUGAGAUGGGGAGACCAUCCUGGAUUAUCCCAGUGGGCCCAGUGUAACCACAGGGGUCCUCAUAAGAGUGAGGCAGGAGGGUGAGAGCCAGAGACUGGAAAAUGCUAUGCUGCUAAUUUCGAAUGUAGAGGAUGGGGGCUACCAGCCCGCGAAUGCUGGUGGUUUCCAGAAGCCGGAUAAUGCAAGGGACAGGAUUCUCCCCCAGAGCUUCCAGGAGAAACAGCCGAAUUUUAGUACAGUGAACCCAUUUCAGACACCCGACCUCCGGAACUGUAAAAUAAUAAAUGUGUGUUGUUUUAAGCCACCAAG